UCCUUGAUCCUUCAAAUUAGGAGUAACAAAAAUAGUAGUAAAUAGGAUUAGCCAAUUUUUUUUCUGUCAUUUUUUAACUGUUGCCAAUGGAUCUCAACAAAAAAAGAGUUCAGCUGCUGCUCUUCAUCCUUGGACUCACCCUUCUCAGUAAGACAGCUGAUAAGUGCAGGAAACUGGCUGGGGAAGAGAAAGUGGUAUUAUCCCAAACAGGGCAAUUUUCAUUGUGGGAUUGCUUUGAUAUGGGAGUUGGUUCCAUAGCUUGCGCAGUGAAAGAAGGUGUUAAACUUUAUGUCUACAACAUCCGAGCCGCUCAUGUCGAGAAAUCAAAGAACUUAGCAAUGCAGAAGGCGUUACAAGACGCGAUGUCACAAGGCCUGUCCUCCAAGGAGGCGGCAAAACAAGCCACAAAGGCCGGGAAAAAAGCGGCCAAGCUGGCUACGCAAAAGGCUGAGCGCGUAACGGGUCCGAUCAUUUCGUCCGGUUGGGACUUUUUCGAAGUUGUUUACUAUGGUGGGACUAUGUCGGAAGGGUUUUUUAGGGGCAAAGGAACAUUGCUUGGUGCCUACGGUGGGGGAUUUUUCGGUGAACAAGUGCUUGGGAAGUUUGGUUAUCUUGUGGGAAGCCAUUUGGGAGGUUAUAUGGGUGGUAGGAUUGGAUUGAUGGUCUAUGAUGUAGCUAAUGGAAUACAUUAUGUGCUUCGAAUCAUUGAGGGCAAAGAGUUGGAUAAAAAAUUGACAGAUUCCGAGUUUUGAUGAAUGACUGAGUUAUGAAGGAUUCGGAUUGAAAUGCAUAUGGGAUAUGCAUUUGAAUGUAUAGUGACUUCAUGGUGUUUUAGGGUUUUUUUUUUCUUUAAUUAAGAAGAAUAUAUAUAGAUAGGUUAAGUUCAAAA